AUGAGUUCUUCCGAUCCUACGGAACCAGAUGGCCGUAGGAGUCGUCUGGAAGAGGCCAUCACGAACCCGGGCACUGUCAAAAUCAAUGUGACUGGCGCGUUCAUUGUCGACGACGAACCGCGUUCACGAACUCCGGUACAGACCGACGGUGUGCACUAUGAGAAUAAAGAUAUUCGCCUUCCUCAUCAUACCGGGGUAGUUAGCCAUGUUGCUGUCGAUAUCGGUGGAUCCCUCGCGAAGCUCGUCUACUUUACUCGAGAAAUAGACGCCGAUGACAAUGGCGGCCGGCUGAACUUCAUCAACUUUGAAACCCACCGGAUCGAUAUUUGCAUCAACUUUAUCCGACAAUUAAAAGAGGAGCAUGAAAAACGUAAUACCUCUGCCCGGGAUGAGCUAGUCGUUGUUGCUACUGGCGGGGGAGCCUUCAAGUUCUAUGAUAAGCUAAAGGCGGCACUGGACGUGAAUAUUUUACGGGAAGAGGAGAUGGAAUGCUUGAUCAUCGGUCUGGAUUUCUUCAUUACCGAGAUUCCUAACGAAGUCUUCACCUACAACGACUCCGACACUGAGCCUAUGCAAUAUGCCGAGGCUCGACCCGAUGUCUACCCCUACCUACUUGUCAAUAUCGGAUCCGGUGUAUCUAUGAUCAAGGUAUCGGGCCCAAGACAAUUUGAACGUGUCGGUGGAACACACUUAGGUGGCGGCACGUUUUGGGGUAUUAUGUCCUUGCUUACGGGCGCUCGGACUUUCGACGACAUGCUGGCCAUGGCGGACGUUGGGGACAAUAGUGGAGUGGACAUGCUUGUUGGGGACAUCUAUGGUAUGGACUACAGCAAGAUCGGGCUUAAGAGUACCGCCAUCGCGAGCACUUUUGGGAAAGUCUUCCGCUUAAAGAAUGCUGCUGAGCGGGGAGCCGAAGAUGGCGAGGGGUUGAUCCAAGACGAUGAGGAGCAUACCAACGGCGGUGUGAAUUUCCGCCACGAAGAUAUGUCCCGCAGUCUUCUGUAUGCCAUCAGUAACAACAUUGGCCAGAUCGCCUACCUGCAAUCAGAGAAGCACCAAGUCAAGCAUAUCUACUUCGGAGGCUCCUUUAUCCGAGGUCACCGCCAGACUAUGAACACACUCUCCUAUGCCAUCAAGUUCUGGUCAAAGGGCGAAAAGCAAGCAUACUUCCUACGCCACGAGGGUUAUCUGGGCGCUGUGGGCGCCUUCAUUCGCCGACAACCGCAAAACUGGGGUCGAAGGAACAGCAUUGACGAUACGGGAGCACCGCAGGCGGUCCGGAACAUCGUCAACAGCAUUUUAGAAGAUCAAUUAAACGAUAUAUCUAUCUCGUAG